CUGUUCUUCAUCAAUUUUUUAGAUCGGCAUAAGACACUACGUAUAGAGAGAGAGAGAGAGGGAGAGAGGUUGUGGCUUGAUUGGAGAAGGAUAUUAUAUCUUACAAUCCUCUGUUCAAGUCCAAUAGAAGUAAAAAGAAACGAAGUCAGUGCAAGGAUCAAUGGAGUGUCUUCCUUCGGAUGUUAUGGUAGAUCUUCUUUCGCGAGUUCCAACCGAGUCUGUUUUAGAGUGUAAAUUGGUAUGUAAAAGGUGGCAAACUCUCAUCUGUACCGGAACUCACUUUUAUAAAAUGCACCUCAGCCGCCAGCUUAACCAUCUCGACGGUGGUGUAUCUGGAGUUGGCAAUAAUGAUGAUAUGGUUGUUAAGUUGGAACCAAGUCUCUUUUUUGCUUGUGGCCUUAAUGAUGUUAAUGGCACAGUUUUGCUUUUUGACGGUGGACAUUUAGGUGAUAGAAUUUGCAUUAGCAUGGAUGAAAACUAUUCUUAUAAGCAAAAUUUGAAGAGGAUUUAUCAUCCACCUACGGACCCUGAUUAUAUAAUCGAUCACCUAGUUGGCUCCUGCAAUGGUUUGAUUUGUAUAUUGAUAUGGCACGAUUUAAUUGCAGAUCCCAUAUAUAUUUGUAAUCCCAUCACAAGAGAAUAUGUUUAUCUUCCUCGAUUAAAUGAAGGAGAUAAUGUCGAUAUGUCUGAGCCUGAUGGCAUAAUACAAAGAGAGGGUCGCAUGUAUCCUCUCAUAUCAUGUGGAUUUGGAUAUGUUAGGUCAACCAAUGAGUUCAAGGUUGUUAGAAUUUACUAUCCCAGCAUUAACCACGAAGGAAAUGUUGAAGUAUACACGCUUGGUAGUGGUUGUGGGUGGAGAUCAAAAGGUAAAAUUUCUUUCAUGUUGAAUACAAUUGGAGGAGGGUCCUAUUCAAAUGGAGAUAUUUACUGGCAUACCUUCAAUAAAAUUGUGGCCUUCAACUUGGCGAACGAAGAAUUUCGAUUGCUCCCGGUACCUCUUUGUAUGCUUGGCCGUAAGUAUGGUGAUAGAUGUGGACUUAUAGAAUUGGAAGGGAAUUUGUGUCUUUACACGGAUAAAUUGCGCAUGGAAAUAUGGUCUUUCAAGAAAAGUAGUCAUUUGAAGGAGUCUUGGUGUAUGGAUUUUGAUAUUGAUUAUGAAGGGGUAGUGGGUUCUCGUCAAUGGAGAUUUGAGCCUAUUUUACUAACGAAGAACGAAGAAAUCAUAUUCAAGUAUGAUAACUUUGUGCUUUACUCUUAUGACACGAAGAUGGCAAUUUUGAAAAGGAUUUCCGAUGAUGAUAAAGCUUCGACUGAUUAUUUUUCUGCUGCCAAGCUAAUUGCUCACAUAAACAUCUUUAUUUCGUUGAGAGACAUAGGAGAAAAAUCAAAGAGACACAUGGUUGGUAGUUCGUGCGAAGAUGAUGUUAUUGAUCAGUUUCAAGUUAGAACAAAGAAGAAGAAAGAGAAGGUAUUCCCAAUAAUGGCAACCAAAUAUGUUGAUAAAUUACAGAUCCGUUUACCUAAGGAAUAUACACCUUGGUAUCUGGAUCAGUUGAUUCAAAAUAAGUAUAAUGGGAUUGAAACGGAAGUUGAUCCUAACAUGCCUCCACCUUGGUAUUAUGUCAAUGCUAUGAGAAACAGACAAAGUAUACCAAAAUAUGAAAUACAAAAGUUAUCAAAAGAGCCAAUUGGACAAAGAGUUAUUAUGGUACCUGCUGGUGAUGAAGAGAUGGGGAACUGGUCAAACGAGCAGAAGAAGGAUCUGAAUGAUGAGGCUGAGGUAACAUCACAUACACCAGAGCUAAUUCUUGAGCAGCGGCAGGAGUAGCUGAUGCAAGAACAGCCAAAGAAGCUCCCUUUAUGUGUUUGUGUAGAUUUCUGAAGUGUUCAUUUUUUUUUUUGAUAAGAAAGAAGAAUGUACAAGGGAUAGAAUAGAUACUUAUUGCAAGAGGUGAGAAGAGGGAGAAAAAAAUUAAAAAAUAUUACAAGAUUACAUAUUAUAGAAAGAUAAGGUUUUCCAACUAAACAUGAUUCUACUGAAGACUCCACUUAUGCUGGGUUUGGAUAAGUGCAGUCAGUCCAAGAGAAAAUGAGAGUCCUAGCAUUCUGACACAAUAGUUCUUAAUUCCUAGGUUUGUUUGUCUGACUUAUAACAUUAGAUUGAGCUAGCAAGAGAACUUUUCGCUGCACAUGGUGUUCAUUGUUGGAUUAUGCUGGGUUUUUUUUGUCCGACUUAAUCCGUUGUAUAAAAGUUGGACUUGUAUAAUUAACGCCACAUCGUUUAUCCAUUCAAAUCGUGCUUUUGGUAGCAUAAUUUCUCAAGAUGUUUACCCCUCCCAAAUCCAAGGCCUUUGGCUGAGCUGUUAGGUCCACUUCCAAAAGGUACUUGGUUUCUAUGGAUAGUUCCCGAAAGAUUUCUUGAAUUCUUCUCUAUUCAGUGAGGACAUGAAAAUCAGGUUCAUAAAUUUCUCUGUGGCUGGUUCAUCUUUGACAAGGCUCAGGUGAGGCCAGACGAUCGAAUUGAAGUGCUAUAUCUCUGAUUCGGAAACUUCUCACUUUAAUCACGACAAUGUUCGAGUCGUUGUGCAGGAAGAAACAUGGAAACCUCAGAUUCAAGGAGCAAUAAAAGUUAAUUUAUCAAUCAAUCUUUUCUUCCAUUUUUCUGUUUCAGUUUCGUAAUUUAUUGUUCCAAUUAGGAGAUCUGUAAUCCUCGAAAGAAAAAUUUGUUGAGAAUUUUUUAUACUUGUUCAAUUGUGGCCGAUCUCAAAUUUUUUUAUAAGUCUAUCAACUCCAGAUCUAAAAAUUGAAGAUCAUUCUGUUGUUCAUUUAGAUUUUCCAGAGAAAUCUCAUUUGUAUGGAAAAAAUACUUGCAAAACAAGGGAAAUUGAUGAAGCGCAAGCGAAAUAAUGGAAAAAAAGACAAGUGCAAGGAGUUCUUUUCCCAAAAGCUGCUUACAAGAAUUUAGAUACUC